GCUUUCGAGAGCGAUGGUCGCGUCUCCAACAUGACGCGCGUCAUGGCCACACAUCCCAAGUUUCUUUUGUGCUUUCGUGAAUUUCACAAUCACAUCCUCCUGGGCGAGGGGCCCAUCGCACUGGACGUGCGCCAUUUUAUUGCAAUCAUGGCGGCGUCCCGUCAUUGCUGUCAGUACCUGAUUGAUAUCCACCUGCAUCACUUUCGCGAGCUGGGCGGCGACGAAGAGUGGCUGACAAAUCGCGAGGCCAUUCCUGGGAAACUGCGGCGAUUGAGUAUUAUCAACUCUGUCCUUGCAUAUCAGCCUUGGCGCCUGCAGCAAUCACACCUUGCCUUGCUGCUCAACAGUCCAGAGGAUGACAACUGGUCGCUUCCUGAGCUGAUGCAAGCCGUUCUCUUGCUUUCUCAUUUUCAUGCCCUGGCGGGCUUUUGCUUGGCUACGGGCUUGCUACCUGAGGUUGAUCUUAAACCGUUGGAUGGUGCUGACGACAACGUGGACGAGCCUCCGCCCGAGCCAGGCGUGGCACGCGUCAAUUCGCACGAGCCUUCUGCUCUCUUUGCUUCGGUCGUUGCCAAGUUCGUGAAGGAUGGGCGUUACAUUUCACUUCCUAUGCUGCUCCCAAAACGCUCUCCCCGACAAGGUGCAGCGGCCAACGCCGAUCCGAAUGAUGAUCUGGCUGCACCGACCACGCCGGUUGCCAACACUCACGAUGCCACACCAAGCAGCGUUCUGAUGUCACCACCCAGUCAGUUGUGUGCCAACUUUUGUGAUGACACCUUCGUGGGAGAGCAACCAUGCGCUUUCUCCUGGGUCGAUCAUGGUUUUGAGCUGGUGCAGCGCUUUGGACGCGAGUAUGCACAGUUGCUCGAUACUGAGUUCCAGGUGAUUACACAGCUGACCUACGACUUUAUUGGUGUGAUCAAGGAUGUUAAGACCAAGCCUGUGCGAUCGGCCAUCUGGCACUAUUCCUCCUUCACUCGUGGCAUCAUUAACGACGAGUUUUGGUACAAAGAUAUCAACGAUGUGCUCAGCAAAGAAUGCAAGGCGUUUUGUAAAUUGCUGGCAUGCGAGCCGGAGCGCAUCACGAUCGAUGAUUUUUCGUGGUCAGACUUUUUGCCUGAUGAGAAGAUUCACGUGGCGCUCUUGGCCAUGGAUUCGAGCAAACAAGCCUCUCUCCUGUACUUCUUGCGGGCACUGCAAGACUUUUUG